AUGGAAAAAAAUGAUGGCAAUAAAGAACUGCAAAUCCUAGACCCUGAUAGCAAUAAAGAACUGCAAAUCCUAGGCCCCGAUGCAAAUGAAACUAACGAAGCUGAUAUUGAUUACGAAGAUAAUGAAGAUAUUGAUCUACAAUUCUCCAUCACCUCUGUUUUUUAUAUUCAUUUACCACAAUACUUAGAUCCAGGUAAUUAUCAACCGGUAAUUCUUGGAAGUUGCGCAACUUUAGGCAAGUGGAAAGUGCCAAAAGUCUUGCUUCAUCAAAUUAAUAAUUCCACUCUCUGGGUAUCCGAUCCCGUGCGCAUUCCUACACAUGUGGAGGAUAUAUUCUAUAAGUAUGCUAUUUGUCGUCGCGAAAAAAAUUGGUUUCGUAAAGACAAACUGGUAGUCGAUUAUUUUGAGGGUUUUGGUGGUGAAAGAACCAAUCGCAAAAUGGAGUUUCUCGAAAACCAUUACGACUUAUGGCAAGACAAUUAUAAUAUGAAACUCAAUAUGAGGUUCCUUAAAAAUGAUUUUCAAUUUGUCAAAA